GAUGACCGAACCAAACCGAGUUAUUCGGUCUGAUUUCUUUAGUUGCUAAAAAUGAAAGUUUCACUCCUUUACACUCUCAUUCUCUCUCGCUUCCUCGCUCAAAUUCUCCCCUAAUUUCACCUGCAAAACUCUAGUUUCGUCUCGUCUCCGGUCAGAAAUCAAACACGAUUCUUAAGAAACCAAAGAGAAGAUAGAAAUGGCGCCCAAAGGAAGAAAAAGGAUUGGAUUGAGGCGUCAGGAUGCAGCACGAGACCGCAUGAAAGAGUUUGGGUUUGAUAAGCGUGUUAUCAAUGAGAGUAUCAAGCAAGUGCUAAAGGUGUACGGUGAGGACCAAUGGUUUCUGAUUGAAGAUGCUAACUAUGAUGCCUCCUUAAUAUUUGCCUUGAAAAGAAAGAGGAACAAGACAACCAAUUGGCGGCCGAGGAACACAAAGAAACAGCUCAGGAAGAAGAAGAAGAAGAAGAAAAGUCAUGAACUCAUCACCACCAGCUUUUCAAUUCGUAGAAGCACCAGUAGAUUUUGCACACCAGUCUGUUGGAGGUGCCCACAGUUCUCACUGUGGAUGGCUAAGCAGUGAAGAGGAGACAGAUCCGGAUGAGGAUGAGGAUAGUGAUGAGAUGAUUGAGCUAACUCCAGAACCUCUCUGUGAAGAACUUGAAGAGCUU